CUCAAGUAUUUACGUGAGAUAUUCUGAACUUGUUUUGCCGUCGUCAUUAGGCAUUUUGUAACCGACCAACGCGCAGCCAUGUUGCUAACGGUCGCUUUGGCCAAUUUGCUGGUGAUUUGCUCCUCCGAGCUGAGCGACUAUCCUAUUCCCAAGGAUUUCAUGCUAGGGGUCGCUACAGCCGCUUACCAGAUCGAAGGGGCAUGGAAUGAGGACGGUAAAGGGGAAAGCGUUUGGGAUUGGUACAGCCACACGUUCCCGGAAAGGAUAGAUAACGCUGCCACUGGUGACGUAGCUUGCGACAGUUAUCACAAGUGGGAGGAGGACGUGGCCUUGCUCAAAGAACUUGGGGUGGAUCACUACCGCUUCUCGCUUUCGUGGUCUAGAAUUCUGCCUGAAGGUACCAUCAAUUACGUCAACGAAGCGGGUAUCGAAUACUACAGGAAACUUCUACAGGGUCUCGCUGACAACAACAUCACUCCAUUGGUGACGCUCUUCCAUUGGGACACUCCGAGACCCCUUCAUGAGUUGGGUGGUUGGACGAACCCCUUGAUCGCCGAUUACUUUGCCGAAUACGCGAGACUGUGCUUUGAACGCUUCGGUGACUUAGUCCAAAACUGGAUCACCAUCAAUGAACCUCAGACCACCUGCGUUCAAGGUUACACGGAAGGGAUCAAAGCCCCUGGAUAUUCCGAUGAAGCAGAAGGGGUGUACCUCUGCGCGUAUACCCAUGUGCUCGCCCAUGCCAAAGCUUACCAUAUAUAUGACGAAGAAUUUAGGGCCAUGCAAAAAGGUCGCAUUACCAUCGUAGUGGACAGCAUGUGGUGCGAACCGGCUUCGGACAGCUCCGAGGACAAAGAAGCGGCUGAAACUGAAAUGGAAUUCAUCAUCGGCUUGUAUGCCAACCCAAUCUACAACGGCAACUGGCCCCAGGUGGUCAUCGACCGAGUGGGGAACAGGAGCUUGCUCGAAGGUUACCCUCGAUCUCGGUUACCAGAAUUCACCAAGGAUGAGAUCGACUACAUCAAUGGCACCUUCGAUUUCUUCGCUCUCAACUCCUACUCCACCAAUUACAUAUACCAUCAGAUCGACGUGACCGAGUCCAUAGGCAACGGGAGCUACUUACUAGACAGCGGCAUCGGUGCCAAAGUCAACUCCACCUGGAAAUCGAUCGAGGGAAUAGGCUGGGUGAACGAUGUACCCUGGGGUUUCAGAAAACUACUUAACUGGGUUCACAACCACUACAACAAGCCGGAUAUCAUAAUCACCGAGAACGGUUGGGCUGAUCUGACAGGAGAUCUGCAAGAUCAGGACAGGAUCGAUUAUGUCGCGGGUCACAUAAGCGCUAUUUUGGAUGCCAUAAACGAAGAUGGUGUCCGCGUGUUUGGUUAUACCGUAUGGAGUUUUAUGGACAAUUUCGAAUGGACCAACGGCUACAACGAGAAACUGGGUCUGUACCAAGUUGAUUUUGACAGUCCAGAUAGGACGAGGACCGCAAAAGACUCCGCCAAAUGGUACCAGAAAAUUAUCAAGGAUAGGUGCCUGGUGGACAAAUGCCAAGAUGCCAGUUUGUAAUUAAUAUUAAAGACAUUACUUAAAUUCCAUUUAAAUUUAAGUAGAAACUAACAGCGUUAUAUUAUUUAGCCGUAAUACCGUGUCGCCAAAUAUUCAAUUUACUUUAAAUUGCAUCUGGAGGGGCUUACAAUGGCACUUGGGGACUUAACUAAUACCCCAAACUAUAAUAUAUAAAAAAAUAAAAUAAGAGAUAAAUGGUUUAUAUUUUUAUAUAAUACAUAUAUUAAAGCUAAGGAAAGUACUAAAACUCACACUGUCUGUUGAAAAAAACAUAUAUAAACAUAAGUUUGGAUGUGAGUUUUAUAAGAAAACGAUAAGUUACCAUAUCCGAAUCAUAGAGGGUGCCUAAAAUCACCCUGUAUCUAAAAAAAAGACAGCUAUGACAUUUCUGUUUAUGUCUUAAAACCAUCAUACUUUAUAGUACCUAAUAUCAAAAUCAACCAUCUGUAUUGCGACUUGCAUUGAAUUUUAUAGUAGUAAACAACAACAACAAACAAUAUUUGUAUCAGUAAAUGUUCCUUUUUUAUAUCGGAAGUUGAUUUGGUCGUUAUUUAAAGGAAUGUUACAGUUACACUGUAGCGUGUUGGUAGUUGGUUCACCUUCGUGUACGAUUAGUUUUAUUUUUCCAGCACUUUUCAGACUUCGCUUUAAGCAAUAGAGAAAAGUAUGCUUGGCAAAAAAGUGCAGUUAUAGCAUAUACCUUUCGAUCCCAUAUCAAUAAGAACGCCUUAACGCGCUUCACAAUUUUAAUUUUCGAUGCGAGCGUAGUCGAUUCUUAUCGCGCUGCCUCGCAGAUAAAGUCGAAUCGUUCGCGAACGUAUCAGCUCGUUUGCCGAUUAAAAAAAAAAACAAAGAGAUAAAUAAAUAUAAUCUCGGAUACAGGCGUAUUCCAUUAAAUCCAUUCGAGAAAGUAAAUAUUUCAGUACUUUGUAGGUAUGCGAGCUGCCUCAUGCAUUAUUCAUUGCGUCUUAAGUGAAAACAAAUAAAUUUAAAAGUAUUUGUUUGUAGAAUUUCUACGUUCGAACGUUGCUUCGAUGGCGUUGCCGCGGUUAAUUGGAGUGAUCUGCAGUUUGCGAACCGAUAAGCAAGAUAUUUGAGAAUCUAAAAAUUAGAAUAUUCACAAGUCUUAAACUUCAAAAAUUAAAGAUCUUAUAACAUUUAAAAUUAUAAAAUUUCAAAAAUCCAAAUUUUAAAUUUUAGAAUUACAAUACAAUAAUAUCAGCAAUAACAAUAACUCAUUUUGAUUCAGUUAAGUGCUGUAAAAGCGAAAUUUAGCAUUCUUAACCAUCAUCGGCGGGUGCGUAUGCACUGCUGUUUUCCCAAAAAAUUAAGACCUUACAAAAAAAAUCGUAAUUAAUAAUAUGUUUAAGUAGUAGACAGCAGUAUCAUAGGGUUGUUAUAUGACAUUUUGACAAAACAAAAGUUUGUUUUGAUGUCCAAUAUGGGAUCUAAAGGAAAAAAUUUUGAGUAAUAAAAAUUGAAAAGUAUAUUUUUAAGAGUUGGGUGUUUUUUCCUGAUGGAUAUCGCAUCGUUCAGUUUAGCUGUUUUAACCAACGGCGUAAGAGGGCGUAUUUCUAUUUCUAUUUCAUCCGUGCAUUUGAAUAAAAUGUAU